CCCCUCUCCUCACACCGGAGCCUGGAGCCCACGCUGAGGUUAAACUUUAACCAACCCUGUGAGGCAGCAGUCUGGAGAGAUUCCCUCACAACUGUAAUUCAGUAACACCACAGCUGUGCGUCUUUUUAAAGAAAUUAUUAUUAUUAAUCCACUUGACUUUUCCCUCUUGGUGCCUGAGAACCCGGAGGGCGGCUCAGCCCUCCCGGAGCCCGACUUGUUGGGCGGCUGGAGCAGACGUUCCAGGUGGCUGGGGAACUGUGGACAUCUCUGCUGAUGUCCCCUCUGUGGAGUGUUGAGACAACCGAGAGGUCACUGCUGGAGACAGGAUAAGGAGGAAUUCCCUCAAAGCCAUUCCAGGACCUCUCCGGACUGGCUCAGCUAGUUACAGGACUACUGUCCCUCCCCGGCCUAGUCAGGGCGAGGGACCUGGAUCUUGCAUAUGCAACUGGUCCCAAGCAGCAGGUCAGGCCCUUACCUGCCCACUGACCACCAAGGUCGGCUCUGCCAUGGCAUUUGAACAGCUCCUGGAGGGGACCGGGGGCAUGGGCCUCUUCCAGGCCCUGCAGGUCUUGACCCUGCUGCUCCCGGCCAUCUGGAUGCCUUCCCAGCUGCUCAUGGAGAACUUCUCCGCUGCCGUCCCGGACCACCGCUGCUGGGCCCGUGCCCUGGACAAUGGCUCCGAGACCCCCACAAACCUCUCCCUUGAAGCCCUCCUGGCUGUCUCCAUCCCACGGGGCCCCAACCAGCAGCCACACCAGUGUCUCCGCUUCCGCCAGCCACAGUGGCAGCUCCUGGACCCCAACGCCACGGCCACCAACUGGAGCGAGGCCGCCACAGAGCCGUGUGUGGACGGCUGGGUCUAUGACCGCAGCAGCUUCACCUCCACCAUUGUGACCAAGUGGGACCUGGUGUGCAGCUCCCGGGGCCUGAAGCCCAUGGGCCAGUCCGUCUACAUGGCUGGGAUCCUGGUGGGCUUCUUCUUCUGGGGCCUCCUUUCCCACCGGUUCGGGCGGAAGCCGAUGCUGAGCUGGUGCUGUCUGCAGGUGGCCGUGGCCAGCACCGGCACCGUCUUCUCCCCGAAUUUCUUCAUCUACUGCAGCCUCAGGUUCCUGAGCGCUUUCGGGCUAGCGGGCAUCAUCCUGACGUUGUCAACGCUGAUGGUGGAGUGGACCACGACCCACAAGAGGGCUGUUUCCAUGACGAUACUGGGAUGCACCUUCAGCACGGGCCAGAUGGCCCUGGCCGGCCUGGCCUUCGCCCUGCGGGACUGGAGGGACCUCCAGCUGGCCGUGUCCGUGCCCUUCUUUGCCAUCUCCCUGAUAUCCUGGUGGCUGCCAGAGUCUGCCCGGUGGCUGAUUAUCAGGGGCAAACCAGAACAGGCGCUUCAGGAACUCAAGAAGGUGGCCAGGAUAAACGGCCACAAGGAGGCCAAAAAGACACUGACCAUAGAGGUGCUGAUGUCCAGCAUGGAAGAAGAGAUGGCCUCUGCAGAGGACCAUGGGUCAGUGCUGGACCUCUUCCGUGUGCCAAUGCUCCGCUGGAGGACCUGUGCCAUGCUGAUGGUGAACUUCUCCCUGCUGUUCUCCUACUACGGGCUGGUCCUGGACCUGCAGAGCCUGGGCAGGGACAUCUUCCUCCUGCAGGCCCUCUUCGGAGCCGUGGACUUCCUGGGCCGGGCCACCACCAUCCUCUCGCUCAGGUUCUUUGGCCGCCGCAUAACGCUGGCGGGGUCCCAGGCCCUGGCCGGCGUCUCCAUCCUGGCCAACAUGCUGGUGCCACAAGCAGCUCUCGGGGUGCCCCUCGUGCAGACCCACUGCCCCCUUCCUCUGCGCAGACCUGCAGACCCUGCGCGUGGCCUUCGCUGUGCUGGGGAAAGGAUGCUUUGGGAUGAGCCUGACCUGCCUCACCGUCUACAGGACGGAGCUCUUCCCAACCCCGCUGCGGAUGACCGCGGAUGGCUUCCUGCAGUCGGUAGGCCGCCUGGGAGCUAUGGUGGGCCCGCUGGUCAGGAUGGCCCACCAGGCGCUGCCCCUGCUGCCCCCGAUCUCCUACGGCGCCAUCCCCAUCGUGUCCAGCCUGCUUCUGUUCUCCCUCCCGGAGACCCAGGGACUGUCCCUCCCCGACACCAUCCAGGACCUGGAGAGUCAGGCAUCAGCUGUGGCCAGGGGCGACCAGCAAGAAGUGGUCACUCUAGAAAGCACCUGGCUCUAGAAAUCUGCCGUGUGGAGCCCUUUGGUAAAAAAACUUUGGGGGACAGAGUUGCCUCUUCUCCCAUCCGAGGGUGGAAGCCAGGUGGUCUCGCCCAGCCUGGCUGCCUCGGUCAGCUCCAUGAACGCCGCGGGUCCUCUCCCUUCCCUGCCACGCCCACACUUCACACACCUCCUCAGCCACCCCGACUGGAGACGGGCUUCCACCCUCACCCCCACCACUUACAGAGCCCUCAUCUGUGAAGGGGAAAUGAUUUUGGGGCCUCCCUCCCAGCAUGGGCCGGAGCUGGCUAAAUGAGCCUGCUAGAGGAGGUGCCAGGGACAGGUGCGCAGGUCGCGUCCUGCACCAGCACCCAGCCAAGAGGCAGGUGGGGUCUGAAAUCCAGCCCAGCCACCCUGGACCAGCCGCCUGCCACACAGGGGCUGUGCCACUCUGAAUAAGGAACUGUUUACCCAUCCAUCGGGGAUCACAGGGGUGGCCAAACACGGGUCAGUUGGAUUGACAGCACUUUAUUAGUCACGCACCUUCACAGUCCAGGGAAGACGACUCCAUACGGCACACAGAGGUCCUGCACCAAGGACAGCCGGGACUGUGGGAGGCCGGCAUUGUUGUGCGGAGAGGGUGGGCUGCUCCUGGUUCCUAUAAGUGGGUGUGAUUGGCCUGUUUGCUGGUGGGCAGGGAACGGAACCCCCACUGGGGUAGAGGUGACAGGAACAGUACUCGGUCCCCGCAUAAGGAGGGACCUCUCUCACAUGCGACGCACACAGACCAAUCAGUCUUACCUCCUCGCACUCCAAAUCCAUCUACUUCUCCUUCUCUGUGGCGACCACCUUGAUCCAUGCCUCCAUCGCCUCUGGUCCCGACUGGUCCCUGACAUCCGCACCGUCCUCAUACGUAGCCUCAAUGCUUAUUUAGAAACACAGUUCAAACCCCCUCUCUGCUUAAAACCCUCCAGUGACUCAGAAUGCAGGUCACUUGUCCCCCCCACACACAACAGGUCUCUCCUUGGGCAGCCCCUGAAGGUCCCCAACAUGAUCUCACACACAGUAUAAUUUAAAGACUUUAAAUCAGAUGAAAGAUGUUUUGGGACCAGAAAGUCUCUUCAAACUAUGUAACACAAUUCUAAAUAAUCCAUGAGUCAAAGAAGAAAGCACAAGUUUUAAGAAACUAGAAAAAGAAAAAAAAAAGUUGAUUCAACCUAAAUUAAGCAGAAUAAACAAAAUAACAAAUAGGAGAAAUCAGAGAAAUAGAAAAAUAAUAAAGUCAAUGAAACCUAAAGUUGGCUCUUUGAGAAAAUCAAUAAAAUGUUUAAACUUCUAGCUAUGCUCAUCAGGAAAGAGAUAGAAAAGAUGUCUACUACCAACAAAAGGGAAAGCAAAUCCUACAGACUUUACAAUGAUAAUCACAGACUAUUAUUACCCUAUAUACAUGUGUAAUUGCACCACUGGUGGGACUCUGCACCGAGUUCAGCCAGAGGAAGAAGUUGAGCUCCAUUUGUAUACAAUGUGUCAAAAUGCAUUCUACUGUGAUGAACAACUAAUUACAAUGAAUUUAUUUUAUUUUAUUUUUAUUUUUUAUUUUUUGGUAUUGGGGAUUGAACUCAGGGCCUUUUGCAUGCAAGUUGAUUUAAAAAAACAAAGAGAGACUAUUAUGGGAAAUAUUCUACCAAUAGAUUCAACCACUUAAGUGAAACUCACAGAUUUCUUGAAAGACUCACCCCCAAACUCACUCCAGAGGAAUAUGUAACCUUGUUACCCCUGAAUCUAUUAAAGAAAUUACAUUUAUGAUUAAAACCUUCUCAUGGAAAAAAA